AAACAAAUGAAAGAAUACAAAGACCGCUUCGAAGGUAUGAAACCGUAAAAGUAUCGCCAACGCAUUACAUGUAUACCGGAACUGAAUCCCGCUCAUGCAUUGUAUAUAUGAAGCAACGGAUCAGGAACAAGAAAUUCUUUAAGAAAUUUUUCAACUCAAAAUAUUUACGGAACUUACACUAACUUGUUUUAAAGAAUGUAUUUUAAUUAUAAAAAGGUUUCUAGAAGAUAGGACAUUCCUUAACAUCGCCAAUGAUUGAACUAUGCACAUACUCACAUUUGUAUGGAUUAUUCUUUUGACAUCCCCCCUUAUGAGUCGUGCAAGAAUAGAUUCAAGAACAGACAUUGAUAGACACAAUAACUUAUUAAGAGCAAUACUUUGGGAAGAAAGACAAUUUGAAGAUAUAGAAAAACGAGCUUAUGAUUCUUUAGAAACGCAUACACAUUUGUCACCUUGCUGUCCAACGGUGAAGCGAAGGAUAGCUCCACGUGGCGGGUUAUCAAGAGAGGGAAAAUUGCUAGAACUUUAUAGGGAUGUUAAUGCUGUUCAAAGAUUUUACGAAACGAUUUGUCAUCCAGCAGUGGCUGGCGAGUCUUGUCGUUUUAUAGACCCUCUCUAUAUCUCAAAGUGUGUACAGAACUACACAUACAUGUACGCCAUUGUGAAAGAUUUUAAUGUGACUGAACCUUUUAGAGUUGAUUAUAUGCGGGUAAAAUCGGGAUGUACAUGUAAAGUAGAGGAACAUUCGUCUCCCGCACAAAUUAUACAAAUGUCCGGAAACUAGCGGUUUCAGUGUCUUUUCUGUUUCAAUCUGUUCAACGGGAAUAAGAAAAAAUAUGAUUAUUCUUCCAAUAGAAAUUAAUUUUAUUGUUUUCUGUUGAAGCUAAAAUAGUAAGAUGUAUAUUUAGAAGACAGAAAUAUGCAGAUUGAAAAAAUACAAAAACCAUUCUUUCGAAGGCGGGGGUAGUCAAUGAAAUUAAAGAAUAACAGCGGGAAUGAACAAAUGAGUUUCAAAUACGAAAUAUAUAGAUGAUGGACUUUUCCUUUCAUAAUCAAUCAGUUUUUGAUUCUAAUUAUAUUGAAUUUUAGAAUACAUUAGUCUAUUGAAAUAUUAUAUGUGGUUGAUAACUGUUAGUAUGACAUUUUCUAUGCUCAAAUAUUGGAUAUCUUUCUAUAGAUAACGCCACAGAACAUCUUAAUCAUACAGUCGGUUAACCAUUAUUUAAUUUGCUAUUGUUUCAUUUUUACUUCAAUUUAUGUAUUUUUUUACGAUAAACAUCGCAAUGUUGUAAUUACGAAACAAUCUACAAUUCUAUCUACUCCACCCUCAAUUCGAAUUUCUAGUUUAGCAUCGAAAGCAGUCACUACAGAGAAAAAUACAUUGAAUUGGCUCUUUGAUGAGUUGAGAAACAAAGCAAUUGAAUUAUCUCAAUUAAAGCUUGUCUAUACAUAUAAACAAGUUCCUUCCUAUGUAUACAGCAAAAAUUAAAAGUUUAACUUUUUUUUUUGAAUUAAUUCUUUAUUACAUGAAAGACCUCUAAUUUUUAAAAACGAAACCUGUAUGGACUUAUUUUAAAACUUGACCAAUCGUGUCUGCGAAUUGGUACCAUUGAAAAGAAAUAUUCCCGAAUGUGCUUUGAAAGGAGGUAUGGCAAACUUGAAAAGGCUGAUGUGCUGAAAUAACUUGAUACUGAAUGAGGAGUUAGUUUUGUUUCAACAAGUAUUUUUUUUUUUUUUUUUUUUAAUAAGUGGAAGUUUUUAUUUCGGACAAAUUGUAUUAUUUUAUUUAUUUACUCUCUUAUUUAUCAGCUUACCAAUUUACUUUUUCUUUAAUUUAAAAAUCAUCAAUAUGUAAUGCCAAACGUCAUGAAAAUAACAAACAAGAGAAAACAAAAACACUGUUUAUUAUUGAUCAUGUCUUAGGCCAACGACCUUCAUUAAAGAAAAGGAAAAUUAUUUUUAAUGUUCUAGACAAUUUCAAAUAUUCAGACAAGUUUUUAAUAACAAUCUAGUUACUCGUUGAAUAAAUGAAAAUGGCAAGUGCCAACACACACAGAACAGCUUUAUGAAUUUUAAACUAUAUAGCUUUGCAGGUCAAAGUAUUUAGCAAAAUACCGGUCUACACUUGAUUAAAUUCUUAUUUAUCUAAGUAUGUACAUUUAGAUUCUAACUUUUAAUUAACAAAAUUAUAAUUGUAUGCUUCCAUUACAAAUAUGAAUUAUCUGUUGCUGUACAUCUUUGUUAAUCUUAAAUAAAUCGCAUUUUCUUGUU